GAUGUGUACGGAGUUCGAAUUGUGAAUAGUCGCAACCUCUGGAGUGCUGACCGGGACUUGUUGCUCUUGUAUACAUGGCCGUCCUCUUCUUGUUCUCUUGCCCCUACCCGUAGCAACAUUUGUCUCUACUUUGUCCUGUACUGCACGCACCUGCCUAGGUUGACCGCCCUCACACUCGCUUUGUUUACGUUGGCAGUGCCGACAUUGAAUUACCGUCGCCUCUAUUAUACUGCCGCCCUUUUUCGACACCGGUCGGUCGCUUCUACAUCUCUCAAUUCACCGUCACUUGCAUGUCGCCCUCUUACCCUCCCACCCUCUCACCUUACCGACACAACCUCUCUCGUCCUCAAGAUCCUCUGGCCUCGCGUUCAAGAAACCUCAACCGAUCGCUGGUUCACCUGACGUCGCUCCCUCCCACCUAGUCGUCUCUCGUUCUUCUUGCGUCUUGACAGUAACAACACGCCCCAUGACCAGAAGACUCACCCUUAGUGGCAGUCGCUCUGAAAUGGGCUUGCUUCAAGAUCCUUUAGAGCCCGAGACACCUCCGCCGAGCUGGACUCCCGCCAAACCAGACUUCUGGAAGAAGCCGUCAAAAUGGCAGAUUUGCAUGCCUCGAUUACGUCUGCUCGUCAAAAUCCUUGCCAGCCUCAUUUGCUUUGCCAUCCUCAUCAAAAUCAUGGGCCAACAGCCGCCGCCUGCUCACUCAUCUACGUCCCCGAAACAGCUAACAGAACAACAACUCAUGGACAAGAUGAUGGAAGAUUCCAAAAAGGAGUUGUGGCCAUGGAAGUCAUUUGAAACACAUGACGGCCUAACUCGCGGCACUUCACAUCUGCAUCUCUGUGAAUCUGGAGAAAUUGAUUGCAAAAGCAAGGCACCUCAUAUGCUUCGGUACGAUGGCUACAAGAACUUGCUGGAGCCGGUCUCGCAUAUUGUUUCUUGUGUCGGUCCGCGAGGCGUGCCCCUCAAUGAAAGCCAUGAAGACGCGAUCUGGGCGUAUCCAGGCAAAGCUAAUGGCGCCGUGGAACCCACCCUUGGUUCGUAUGAAGCAUCUGGCUUGGAUGGUAGCGUCUCGUUUGAUCGUGUGGGUCGUUUCCAAGCAUACGGGCUUGACCAGUUUGAGGCCAUGGAUUUCGACGACAUGACAAAGACAUCGGACUUUGACUGGGAUAGACUUGACUGGGGUGAGCUGCAAGAAACUUGCGCAGUUGCCAAUAAGCAGCGAUUCAAGCCAGUCAAAGAACGCCCGCAGAAUUCGAUCCAGUACUCCAACAUCCGUCACAAGCACGACCAAGCUCCUGCCAAAACACUUUCAUCCACCCUCGAGCCCGGAAUGGUCAACAAGGUGAAACGUACUGCCAUCCUCGUUCGCGUUUGGACAGGUGCAAAGUGGACUGCCGAUGCUGUUCUAAACAUUCGUGCUAUGAUUGCAGAAGCAUCGUUGGCAAGUGGAGGCAAAUAUCAAGUCUUUUUGCUAUUGCACGUCAAGGACGAGAACAUUCCGCUUUUUGUUGGCGAAGAUGAGCCGCAGGCGACCAUCGAGAAGCAUAUCCCUCCCGAGUUUCGCUCCAUCACUGAAGUUUGGAACCAUGCACAAAUCCGCAGCCUUUAUUCGAACCUGGCAGAACAUGCUUUCGUUGGUCGCAGCCCCUGGAUGAUCAUUCAAUGGUUUGCUCGAAAUCAUCCCGAGUUCGAUUUUUUCUACCAGUGGGAGUUUGACGUUCGCUUCACAGGCCACUACUUGGACUUCUUCGAAUCUGUGGAAAAGUUUGGACGCGAUCAGCCUCGAAAGGGCAUAUGGGAGCGGGCUGGUCGGGUCUACAUACCUGCGAUCCAUGGCGGCUUCGAUACCACCUUCCGAGAGUCGACGAGGCGUGAAGAUCCUCACCACGUGUGGGGCCCCGUUUCUGUUGAGGGAGUCAGACCUAGAGGACCAAAGCCUCCCAAGAAAGAGGCCGAAGACAAUUAUGAAUGGGGCGUUGGCGAAGAUGCUGACUGGAUCGGCUUCUUACCGAGUUUUAAUGUCACUGGCACAAAUUGGUGGUUUCGCAACUAUCUUUGGGGCUACGCGCAAGGCAAAUCGACCCCGAGAAGAGCCACACUCAUCGCCCAGGGCAGAGUCAGUCGACGUGUUUUGGAGGUGAUGAAUUAUGAGAACGCGGAAAAUGGCCACCAUAUCGACGCGGAGAUGUUCCCCCAGACCAUGUGCCUGCACCACGGCUUGAAGUCUACUACCUUUCCCCAUCCAAUCUUUGCAGACCGCCAUUGGCCCGCAGAUGCUUUGCAAACAACUUUCAACGGGGGACCUUUCGGACAAGCUGGAGGUUAUUGGAACAGUACCUUCAGCAAAUGGAACGAGUACGCCUGGACAAACAUGACUUGGUACUACAGCUCCGCCCAAGCCAUGCCAGUCUUCCAACGACUGCUUGGUAUCACCGCAUUGGAAAGUGGUGGUCAAGAGUGGGAAGAAGUCUAUGGUCGCGCCGUAGUUCGUCCAAUGCUGCUUCAUCCGGUCAAGGGUGGAAAAUCCUGGCAGUGGAAAGACAACGGAUGGCUCCAAACUAAGAACGGAAAGUGAUCCAGUCGACGGCUUCACAUAUUGACGAGACCUAUGGCAUUUUCCCGCUCAUAUUCGCAUCAGCAGCGGCGUUUGGAGUUUCACAACACUUCUCGUCAGUCCGGCAUUGACGCAUCUGAUGACUGGCUCAUUGGUCCGGCUGGUUUGAUAGACAAUGGUUGAAGGGUUUUGGGAAGGGCGUAUUGUACACACUGUAUGAUGAUUUUUUUGCACAAUGGAUCAGGAGCUUCUUCAUAUGGAGACGAGACACAGGACAUCGGGGACUAGACAGCUGGAUACGAGCUACAGGCCACCAGACACAGCAUGAGCUAGACUCGAAUAUGAACAGUCAAGAGAUAGAGCUAUCAAAAGCGGCCAUUAUUCGGUCGUCGAUAAUCAUAAU